CUCACACCGCCGGGCCCGGCCCGAGCAACCCGAGCUCGGGAGAAACGGCGACUUUGGGAAAAGCGCAGCUGGGAACCCGAGGGAAGCGUGUGGGGAAAAGCAGCGGCUUUGUGAAAAAGCUGGCUGGUUUCACGCCGCGGGGCUGUGAAAAGUUCCUGAGGAAGCGGCUGAGGCGGCAGAGGAGCGGCAGGACUGGGGAGAGCGGAGGGUUUGGGACGGCAUUAAAGGAAACCCGGCAGGAUUUGGGACAGCGGCAAAGGAAACCCAGCGGGUGUCUGAGUGGAUUUGCAAAGAAAAAUAGCCCAAGUGUCAAAAAGAGCGGGUUUUCAAGGAAAAAUAAAGUUCCGAACCGCGUCGGUGAGGAGGCGAGUGCCGGAGCUGCGAGGACAGCGUUAUCCCGGCGGUUCCAUGGCUGCACGGCGCUGGAGUGGUCUCCCCUUUGGGAAUCUCUCUGAUUGUCCCAAUGGAUCCCGCUGGAUCAUGGAUGUGUUCAAUGAGUGUGCCCAGGACAGCCGGGAUGUCGCCAGCAUCAUCCUGGGGCUGGGCUCCAUCGCCUGCUUCAUCGCUGCAGCCUUCCCGCAGUUUUACCAGGCCUGCAGGACGGGCAUCAUGGACCAGGCUCUCUCCAUCUAUUUCCUGCUGGGAUGGCUGGGCGGAGACCUCCUCAACCUCAUCGGUUCUUUCCUGGCUGAUCAGCUGCCCCUGCAGGUGUACACGGCCAUCUACUACGUGCUGGCAGACCUGGGGAUGCUCUCCCUCUACUGCUACUACCGGGUGAAGAACAGGGGCAGAGCGUUCCCUGCUCCCAUCAACUCUGCCUUCCUGUUCCUCUCCCUGGGGUCCCUGGCCAGCCUCUCCCUCCUGGGCAGGGCCAGCACCCAGGAGCCCGCUGCCUUCAAAGGGAGAUCUCUGCUCUCAGCCCCCGGGGAUGAGCUUGGAACAAAGCCUUUCUCCAGGACUGAAAUCAUUGGAUUUACCAUCGGCUCCAUCUCCUCCGUGCUCUACCUGUGCUCCCGAGUGCCCCAGAUCUGCACCAACUACAAGAGGAAAUCCACCAGCGGUGUCUCCUACUCUCUCUUUGCCCUGGUGAUGCUGGGGAAUUCCCUGUACGGCCUCAGCGUCCUCCUGAAGAACCCAGAGCCAGGCCAGGGCCAAGGUGACUACAUCCUGCACCACCUGCCCUGGCUCGUGGGCAGCCUGGGCGUCCUGGCCCUCGACCUGGUUAUCUCCUUCCAGUUCCUGGCGUAUCGCAAAGGCCGGCCCAGAUCCCUGGAGGAGAGGGAUGCUCUCCUUGGGGAGCAGGAUGAGAGCCCAGAGAGCUGACAGAGGGCCCUGCCCCACAGGGAGAUGAGGAGGAGGAGGAGGAAGGUGGCCUUAGGGCCGGGCAGACCAGCCCCUCCGUCCUGGUGGCUCCUGGCAGAAGAGGCCCCCAGCCCGUUGUGCUGCCCAGGCGGUGGCAGAGGACACUGCUGGGACACCUCGUGCCUCAGCGGUGCUUUCAGGAUAAAAGGGAAUUUUGGGGUGGCUCAGUUGCUCUUCCCUGCUCCGGUUCCCCACAGCUGAGCCCGGUCACGGCUGCGUCUCCCAGGGGUGAUCUGGGACUUCCUUGGUGCUGAAAAGCCUGGGGAGGGACAGGGAUGACUGACCUGGCACAGACACGAGCACCGCUGUCACCUCACAGCUCCCCCUCAGCUCCUUCUGGAAAACACCCCGGGCUGGAUCCAGGGGGGAAGGAGCUGCAGAACCAAAGCCUUCAGUCCACACCUCUUUUAAUUAGCACGGCUCACCCACCUAUAAAACACAUCCUUCCCCACCUGCCUCCCUUGCUUUCAUUUUGCUGCUUUACCUGGCAGCUCCUAACGAGUCUCACACUCCCAUUUCUCUGACUCCUCAUUUUUUGCCUCACCCAUAUUUUAAUUGCACGGAUUCCUCGGGGAAGUUGCUCCACUGCUGUUCCCCAGCAGAUGAGCUGCCUCUGCUCACUCUGGUUUUCAGUUCCUGCCCUCUCUCCCUGAUGAAUUUAUCAACUUGAUGAAUUUAUCCUCAACCUGUUGAGUUCAUCCCCAGCACUGAUGAGUUUAUUCCCCUCUAGGGGCCCUGAACUCGGCUCAGGGAAGGGUGGGAAGCAGGGGAGAGAGUGGAGGUGUAGCCAGGCUCUCUCCUGUGUGCUGAGCUCUUCCUGCUGGGCAUGAGCAGCUCAAUCUCCCUGGGAAAAACCAACCAAAGCUUGGACACCCUUCAGGAAAAACUGUCACAGCUUGGCCUUGUGAAAACAAGAGUUUUCCUUUUCCUGAGUUGCAAUCAGCUCUUCCUUUUGCUUCCCUUUGCCCUUUCCUGCUCCCUCCCUGAUCCCCAGCAUCGUGUCCCUUUUGGCUUUGGCUGAAUUUGCAUUAAUUUGUGAUUCCUCAGCCAGUCCAUGACGUUUGUCCUUCCCAAGGAAGUUGCUCUGCUUUUUGUCCUCGCACUGAGGACCCCAACCCAAUGGAUCUCACAUGAAAUGGGGUUCCAGCU